AUGGAAAUAUUUACUGAACAAUUUAUUUUUAUUAAUUUGAUUAAUACAAAUGAAAAAUUAUCUAUGAAUAUUAUUUUAAAGAAAUUAUUAAAUGAUAUGAUGUCAUUUUCUCUUAAUCAAUAUCAUCAUUUUCAAAGUCAAUAUCAUUUAAUUAAUUGUAAUUGUAAAACUUAUGUUGAAAAUUAUCAAGAAGGAUAUCAUAUUCCAAGUGUACAUUCAACACUUAAUAAAUCUAUUUAA